UCGCCGCCAGUUGACACCUCCUUCCUUUCCCUUCUCCGCGCCCAGGCGAGCUCACCGCCCCGCCGCCUCCUCUCCUUCCGUCCCGGCGCUUCCGCCUCCAACGAUGUCCGCAGCCAGGCGUCUCGCCGCGGCGCUCCCUAGACCGCGAGCUCAACACCGCCUCUCCUCCGCCUCCGCCGCCUCCCCACCCACUCCCGCUCCCACCCCGACCGCCUCCUCCGUCCUCGACGACCUCCUCUCCACGCCCACCCCUUCCGCCUCCGCCCUCUCCCUCCUUCGCGACACGCCGUCCCUCUCCGCCGAGCUCUACUCCACCCUCGCCGCGCCCUCCCACGCCCUCACCCCCGCCUCCCUCGCGCUCCUCCUCUCCCUUCCCUCAUGCCACCGCCUACCGCCCCCAUCCGCGCCAAUCCUCGCCGCCCUCCUUUCCAAGCUCCUUGCUCGUCCUUCCUCCUCUCCCGCCAACGCAGCUCGCUUCCUCUGUGCCUCCCUGGCCGCUGGCGCCCCGCCGCCAGCAACUUCUGCCUUCAACACCCUCCUGGCCGCGCUCGCUCGCGCCCGAGACCUUCCGGGAAUGACCCAGCUCUUCUCCUCCAUGCGGGACGCCGCCGUCAGACCCGACGUCGUCACCUACGGCAUACUCGUCAAUGGCCUCUGCAAAGCUGGCCGCGUGGGGGACGCCCUCAAGGUGCUCGAUGGAAUGUCUGGUUCAGGCUCUGACGUGCGCCCGGACGUUGUCACGUUGAACACUGUCGUGGAUGGGUUGUGCAAGAGCGGGAGGGUCCAAGAGGCUGUGGCAUUUGUGGAGGAGCGGAUGAAGAAUGUGCAUGGAUGUGCACCCAACACAGUUAGUUAUAACUGCUUGGCCGAUGCAUUUUGCCGUGCGGGUAAUGUCGGCAUGGCAAGCGAGAUGGUGGAGAGGAUGGUGAGGGAGGGCGUGGCGCCAAAUGUCGUCACACUGAACACGAUUGUGGGUGGCUUGUGCCGGGUAGGGAGGAUUGGUGGUGCGCUGGACUUCUUUAGGGAGAAAAGAACUGUUUGGCCUCAAGCCAGGGGUAAUGCGGUGACGUACAGCACUCUGGUUGGGGCUUUUCUCCAUACCAACAAUGUGGGUGUGGCCAUGGAGUUGUUCCAUGAGAUGGCAGAUGAAGGACACUCACCAGAUGCAAUCUUGUAUUUCACCAUGAUAUCGGGAUUGACACAAGCAGGGCGGUUGGAGGAUGCUUGCUCCAUGGCGUCGUCGAUGAAGAAGGCGGGCUUUAAGCUGGAUGCAAAAGCAUACAAUAUUCUGAUUGGAGGAUUUUGUAGGAAGAAGAGGAUGCAUGAGGCUCAUGAGUGGCUUGGGAAGAUGAAGGAAGCUGGUUUCCGGCCAGAUGUGUACACCUACAAUACCUUGUUGUCUGGUUUGUGUAAAGCAGGAGAUUUCCUGGCUGUGGAUGAAUUACUGGGGAAGAUGAUUGAGGAUGGUUGCCGGCCUUCUGUGGUAACCUUUGGUACACUUGUACAUGGAUAUUGCAAAGCUGGUAAAGUAGAUGAGGCGAUGAGGAUUUUCCGUUCUAUGGAUGAAUCUGGUAUUCAACCCAACACAGUGAUAUACAAUACUCUGAUCGACUUUCUCUGUAAGAGCAGAAAUGCUAGUUUAGCAGUUGAACUGUUUGAUGAGAUGAGCGAGAAGCAUGUGCCUGCAAACGUAACAACCUUCAAUGCAUUGUUGAAGGGGCUUCGUGAUAAGAAUAUGCCAGAAAAGGCCUUUGAAUUGAUGGAUCAGAUGAGGGAAGAGAGGUGCACUCCUGAUUACGUGACCAUUGAUGUUCUCAUGGAAUGGCUGCCUGUUAUUGGUGAAACAAACAGACUAAAGAAUUUUAUGCAGCAAGUGGGGCGAAUGGCACCAAAAAGGACAACUACAUAAGAAUAUGCUAGUUGGCACAAUGAAAUAAUCUCUCUGAAACUAUGGAGGCACGAACUUCGCUUCAGCUUAAUCAGCAGUUACAAUACCCAGGUGGAAUUUGUGAUGGGAAGGUCAGAGCUGAUCAGAAUUGUCUGCACUCUGCAAUCAUAAACUGCAUUUCAACAACACGUUAAAUUAUAGGCCAUAAUGAAUUAUGUGCAAUCUCAGUCGUGGCUUACGGUGACAACUGGUUAUGUUUUUCAGUCAUCACUAAUCAUGACACUGUUGGUUGGGUACUCAUCAGUUCCUUUUAUGGUGUUUGUAUCCAUGAGCGCCAGUAUUGAGUAGUGCAGAAAGCAGUUAUAUCAGUGCUCAGCUGGUCAGUAGAUAUUAGUGUAACAGGCAGCAACACAUUCUUGGCAUGCAGCCGUCUACAUUAAAUGAGCUCUUAUUCUUCAUCAGAUAAUUAUUGCUGAAGAGACUUACUGAUAGAAUAUGCCUGAAAAGGCCUUUGAAUCAAUGUUCUUAUGGAAUGCCUGUCUGUCAUUGCUGAAACAGAAAGAUGGAAGGACUUUAUGCAGCAAUGGGACAAUGCGGCACCCAAGAUGAUAAUGAUAAGAAUAUGCUUAGUCGACACCAAGAGUUUUGCUUAAAGGAGGAGGCCAUGAGUUUUGCUUCAGAUUAAUCUAGAAUAGCAAUACCAAGGUGUAACUUGUGAUGGAAAGAGCUGUGUUUGCUAGAAAACCAGCUGCUGAAGCCUGGCUGUCCUAAUAUAACGCCUGCCCCUGUGAUCAGAAUUGUCUGCACCCUGCAAUCAUAAAUAGCCAGCAGUACGUUCAGUUAUAGGCCAUACUGAAUUCUGUAGGGUCUCAUUCAUCACAUAUGUGAUAUGUGACAGAUGCCCAAGUUUUUCUGUGCUAAUCAGGGCACUGACUCGGGGGCUCAUCGGUUCCUUUCUCUGGUGUUUGCCGGCACCUGCGUUACAACUGAAGAAUGCAGAGGCCGAUACCUUGCACAUUUACAAUCUAAUCACUUCAGCGCUCAACUGCUUAAAAGAUAGUAGGGGGGCAUACGGCAGUACAUGGUUUAUGCAAACAUAUAUAUCAAGUGAUCUCCUUGUUCUUCAGCAGAUAAAGGUGAUAGUUGCACUUCGGAAAGAUAAAAAAACGUGGGCGUGUAAGGGUGGAUUCUGUAAAGAAGAAAGCCUGUUAUAUUACCAUAUUUUAUUUAUUAUGAUUGAAGAGAGCGUUGAGUUCUAAUGGUAAAAGCAUGUAUGCGCAGAUUUCUUGACAAUUGUAUAAAUCUUGAUUUGAAAAUUCUAAGUGCGUACUAUGUUUGGAUUUA